AUGCCUCGGCAGGCCCCCGGGAGUGGGCAGCAGCGCGAUUCUGGUCUUGGCUCAUGCGGGAUGUGCGAGAAUCGUCAUGGCAUUGUUCUGUGGUCUUUGACCUCGCCGGGCAAGACAAUUGCCAUGGAGAGUUGCGUCGCGGUCGUGUCUUGCCUAGAGACCGUCAAACCGCCGUGUAAUGGCCUUGGCACUAUUGGUCAGGCUGUGUCAGGGCAGAAUUGCCUGACUCGGUGA